GCUCUGAAGUUGUGCAACACCUUGGGCAAACACUUCCUGAAACGGAGACAAGCAUGAACCUCCGAGUUUCGUUCUGUCUCACUUGAGAGAAGGCAGGGACAGACUGAGCAGCACACUUGUCUGUUUGUGCGAGAAAGGCAGACACCAAGGCUCCUGGGAUCACCCAGCAUGUUGCAAGGGCUGCUUCUCACUGCCACUUUCCUCCUUUCUUCAUUGCCAGCAAAUGCUAUAAAAGAACUCCCUGAAGUGAAAAAGUAUGAAGUAGUUUUUCCCAGAAGACUUCAUCCACUACAUAAAAGAGAGAUCAAGCAGCCAGGUCAAGAGGAAAAAUUUGAAACUGAGUUGAAGUAUGAAAUGACAGUGAAUGGAAAAAUCGCAGUGCUUUAUUUGAAAAAAAACAAGGAUCUCCUUGCACCAGGCUACACGGAAACACAUUAUAAUUCCAGUGGAAAGGAGGUCACCACAAGCCCACAGAUUAUGGAUAACUGUUACUACCAAGGACACAUCAUUAACGAAACAGUUUCCGAUGCUAGCAUCAGCACGUGUAGGGGUCUCAGGGGUUACUUCAGUCAGGGAGAUCAAAGGUAUUUCAUUGAACCUUUAAGCCCCACGGAUCAGGAUGAACAGGAACACGCACUCUUCAAGGAUGAUCCCCAGGAACAACAGACUAACAGUGACUGUGGGAUGGAUGACGUGUUAUGGCCACAUGGAUUUCAUCGGAAUAUGGUCCCGCCUGACUCCAGUCUGAAUUCCAAAGACUGGAAAAGUUGGGAACGUAAGAAAUACGUAGAAUAUUAUUUGGUCCUGGAUAAUGGUGAGUUUAUAAAGUAUCGUCAAGAUCCAGAGGAAAUAAGAAAGAGGGUGUUUGAGAUGGUCAAUUACAUCAACAUGCUUUAUAAAAAGCUCAAUACCCAGGUGGCCUUAAUUGGGAUGGAAAUCUGGAAUGACAAGGAUAAGAUACAUAUAACCUCAAAUGCAAGCUCCACCUUGGAAAAUUUUUCUCAGUGGAGAGGGAAUGUCCUCCUAAGAAGAAAACCUCAUGAUGUUGCUCAGCUAAUCACGGCAAAAGGAUUUUCUGGAACAACUGUGGGCCUUGCUUUCAUGUCUACAAUGUGCUCUCCUUAUCAUUCUGUUGGCCUUAUUCAGGACCACAGUAACAACGGGCUUAGAGUUGCAGGGACCAUGGCCCAUGAAAUGGGCCAUAACUUUGGAAUGUUUCACGACACCGAUAAUUGCCAGUGUUCUUCUGCCGUGUGUGUGAUGGACAGAGCACUAAGAUUCAAUCUACCUAAGGACUUCAGUUCCUGCAGCCGUGACAGCUAUGCCAAAUUCUUUGGAGAUAAACUGUCAAACUGUGUUUUGAAUGCUCCGUUGCCUACAGAUAUCAUGUCCACCCCGACCUGUGGGAACCAGCUUUUAGAAAUGGGAGAAGACUGUGAUUGUGGGACCCCGGAGGAAUGUACCAACAUUUGCUGUGACGCAAAGACAUGUAAAAGCAAAGUAAAUUUUCAAUGUGCCAUUGGAGAAUGCUGUGAAAAAUGCCAGUUUAAAAAGGCCGGUGCUGUGUGCAGACCAGCAAAAGAUGAGUGUGACUUGCCUGAAAUGUGUGAUGGCAAAUCGGGGCUUUGCCCUAGUGAUCGAUUCCAGGUCAAUGGCCUCCCUUGCCAAGACGGGAAGGGCUACUGCUUGAAUGGGACAUGCCCCACCCUGCAGGAGCAGUGCACUGAGAUGUGGGGACCAGGAACCAAAGUUGCUGAUAAGUCAUGUUUUAGCUGGAAUGAAGGUGGGUCAAAGUACGGGUACUGUCGAAAAGUGGAUGACACGCGUAUUCCCUGUAAAGCAAAUGAUGUUAUGUGUGGGAAGUUGUUCUGUCAAGGCGGGUCGGAAUAUCUGCCCUGGAGAGGACGUAUAGUAACUUUCCUGACGUGUAAAGCAUUUGAACCUGAAGUCAUAGGUGAAGAAGUAGGCAUGGUAGCCUAUGGCACCAAGUGUGGAAAUAAGAAGGUUUGCAUUAAUGCAGAAUGUGUGGACAUGGAAAGAGUUUACAAAUCAGCCAAUUGCUCCUCUAAGUGCAAAGGACACGCGGUGUGUGACCACGAGCUCCAGUGUCAAUGUAAAGAAGGAUGGGCCCCUCCCAACUGCGAUGAUGUCUCCACGGUUUUCAACUUCUCCAUUGUGGUUGGGGUGCUGUUCCCUGUGGCCAUCAUAUUGGUGGUGGUUGCUAUAGUAAUUCGAUACAAGAGCCCGAGAGGAAAGCAGAAGAAAGUCCUGAGGCCACUGUCUGCCAUUGGCAUCGGGCCAUAUAGACAGAAGAGGAAACUGCAGACGGAGAAGCCUGUUCAACCCCAGGAGCUAAUUACAAAGCCAGAUUUUCCACCACCUCCAAUUCCUACAUCUGUGUCAUCCUCUUUCCUCCAUAAAGACACAAAAGGACUUUCCCCCAUGGUUUUCCAGGAUAAGCUGAUGUCUACACCUAAGGUCUCCAAUCCAAAAGUCUGAAGGAACAGCCAAGCAAGGAUUGUUGGGUAAAUGACUGGACAAUCUGGAUAGAAGAGACAUAUACUCGCUUUCUCAUUAUUACUUGCUCUUGAGCCACAUGAAAGUUACGAUUUUGUGAUUCAUGUUCUACAUUGAAGAGAUUAAACAAAACUUUGAAGAGAGACAUA